AUGUUUUCAUUAUUUAAAAAGUAUAAUUCUACUUUCUCUCCCCCCCCCUUAAUAGAAACCAGCGUUGUAUUUAAAUCAGGGAUGGGGAAACUUUGGCCCUCCAGAUGUUGUUGGACUACUGCUCCCAUCACCCCUGACUACUGACUUUGCUGGUUAGGGAUGAUGGAGUUGUACUGCAACAACACCUGAACACAGAACAGCAGGCUGGGGAAGGGAGAGGCUGAUAUAGCAGGUCUACUCUAGGAUAUGUGCAGUGCAAUCCUAGGGUGUGACCCCCCUGAGUUUAAUGGGGUUUGCUUCCAGGUUAGCAAAUAUAACAUAUUUAACAAGCAUUUCCCCUUCCCAGGGAGUUCUGGGAAUGGUCCUCUUGUGAAGAAGAAUAAGGUUCUUUGAUAGUGUCCUCUCUCACCAAACUACAAUUCCCAGGAUUCUUUAAGGAAAUAGAAAUUAAUGAAGUUAGUACAGUAGGGCCCCACUUUUUGGCGGCCCGCUUUUCGGUGUUCCACUAAUACAACGGUUUUCAGUUAGAGUAAGGCCCCACUCAUACGGUGCUUAUUCUGCUUUUACGGCUUUUUCGACAUGACGCGCUCAGCAGCUGAGCAUCGGGCACCAUUUUAUUGAUGGAGUUCCGCUUUUCGGCGAUUUUCGCUUUUCAGCGGGGGUCUGGAAUGUAACCUGCCAUAUGAGUGGGGCUGUACUGUAUAAAACUAAUAUAGGUUGUAGUGUAGUAUACCCUGUCGGUGAGCAAGGACAUAUAGAGGAAAGUUUCUAGGAAAGAGCAACUAUGCUGGAAGCUUCCUUGCAGAUAACUUAAGAGAAAAUGAUGAUGGAGAAAGGAAUUAUCUGUACAUCCUCUUCUGUGAGUCAGGGCUCUUCUUCCUGAGACCUGUAAUGACUUAGACUGAUUAACAGUUCUUUACCUGACGACGCUGAAGUUGGUUCCGAGUUCCCAGUUCCUUAUUUGCUUGAAAGUUAAAAACACUAAAAAAGAAUAAAAGUUGACAAAAGUUGACCCUGCACCAAACAGAAACUAUGGGCCAGGUGGGAAACACUGGCACCUCGUAGAGGACACCCUCCCCUUUCCUGGGGUGUAGGAUUUGUCCUGGCCCAGAACAGAUUGUGGAGAUUAUUUUUUCUGAUUAUUUUUUCUGCAUAAUUUUGUCCAUUUUGGUUGUGUAUAGAUGCCAUUAUCCAUGCCCUGCACCCAGCUGAUGCUCUGGGCCACAUGGGAAGCACCUGCAUAGAGGACACCUUCCCCUUUCCUGGGGUGUAUGAUUUGUCCUGGCCCAGAGCAGUUACUUAUUUUUUAUGAUUUUAUGGCAUCAUUAUGCAUAUGUUGGAUAAUGGAACAGAGCAAGGAAUUUCAGAAGAAAAUCACCCUUUGCUUUAUAGAUUACAGCAAAGCCUUUGACUGUGUAGAUCAUGAAAAACUAUGGAAUGCUUUAAAAGAAAUGGGGGGGCCACAGCAUCUGAUUGUCCUGAUGCGCAACCUGUACUCUGGACAAGAGGCUACUGUAAGGACAGAAUAUGGAGAAAGUGAUUGGUUCUCCAUCGGAAAGGGUGUGAGACGGAUGUAUUUUAUCACCCUAUUUAUUUAAUCUAUACACAGAACAUAUACGGAAAGCAGGAUCGGACAAAGAUGAAGGAGGUGUGAAAAUUGAAGAGAGAAAUAUCAAUAAUUUAAGAUAUGCAGAUAAUACCAUACUACUAGCUGAUACCAGUAAUGAUUUGAAACGAAUGCUGAUGAAAGUUCAAGAGGAAAGCACAAAAGCAGGACUACAGCUGAACAUCAAAAAGACUAAAGUAAUGACAACGGAAGAUUUAUGUAACUUUACAGUUUACAAUGAGGACAUUGAACCUGUCAGGAUUAUCGAUACCUUGGCACAGUCAUUAACCAAAAUGGAGACAAUAGUCAAGAAAUCAGAAGAAGGCUAAGACUGGGGAGGGCAGCUAUGAGAGAACUAGAAAAGGUCCUCAAAUGCAAAGAUGUAUCACUGAACACCAAAGUCUGUAUCAUUCAGACCAUGGUAUUCCCUGUCUCUAUGUAUGGAUGUGAAAGUUGGACAGUGAAAAACGCAGAUAAGAGAAAAAUCAACUCAUUUGAAAUGUGGUGUUGGAGGAGAGCUUUGCGGAUACCAUGGACUGUGAAAAAGACAAAUAAUUGGGUGUUAGAACAAAUUAAACCAGAACUAUCACUAGAAGCUAGAAUGAUGAAACUGAGGUUAUCAUACUUUAGUUUAAUGUGGUAUGAAGGUGGCCCAUUUGAACAAACGAAGCUGGUGAACUCUCUGCGAGCAGCGGUUCAACAAAAUCCAACCCAGGAGCUUGCUCCAGGUAGAUGCCUUAUCAGAAGGACUACAUCUCCCAGCGUCCUUUGUACAACAGACGCAAGAGAAGAUAUGGAGAGAGUGGCAAUAGGAGCACCUUGGUCUGCAAGGUCCUAAAACUAGUGCUUCUCCAGGAGUUGUGGGCUGGAAUCAGAAACACCAUCGGACUGAGAAAUGAAGAGGCAAGCAAAUCAGUAGGCAAGUGGAGUUGAGAGAACUCAAGAUGUCUCACACAGUAGCCUUCAUCUUUCCUGCCCCUGAGAGCAGGGAGACUGCCAGCCAGGACAUAAGUCCGUACAAUGAAGGUGCUGUGCAUGAUUCCUUUCACCAGCUAAUCCAGGAGCAGAGCUUGCUGGCCGAACAGGAGCUGGUGGAGAUGCAGGAGCUGGCUCCCAGGGGCAGAGAGAAUCUGGCCUAUGUAGUUUCUCCUCCUCGUCAGACUGAAGCUUGGGAGGCACCAGGACAGAUGUCAGACUUCUCCUCAGCCACUCUGCGCAUCCUUGCCAGCAUGCCCAGCCGUACCAUUGGCCAUAGCAGAGGAGCCAUCCUCUCCCAGUAUUAUAAUCGCACUGCCAGGUUGCGCCGGAAGAGCAGCCGUGCCCCUCUUCAGGAAGUGUCCCGCUCUGCGCGGCCCAGCAUCCGGCAGCUUGAUCUAGAGCUGGAUUCCAGCCGUGAGGAAGAGGAGACCAAACGUAGCCUACUGGUGAAAGAACUCCGGAACCUUCCAGCCAGCCAGCGCAUAAACAUGCUGCAAGCAAUGCCUCUAAGCCUGGCUGAGAAGCGCAAGCUCAGGCAAGAUUCAAGCGGGCACUCGGGCACCUUGAGGAGACCCAAGACAACGGCUCCUUUGUCACAUUGCAGCCGGCUUAAAUAUCACAUAAUCAUAGGGUUCCGGAAUCUUUGGUAUAGCCUGUUGUCCCUCCGUCACACUCUCCAGCCCUGGCAUUAUUCCUUCAAGCAGAUCAGCGGUCGCUUUGGGUCCAGCAUCCUCUCCUAUUUCCUCUUCCUCAAGACUUUGCUCAUGUUCAAUCUCUUCUUGUUUCUUAUCCUGCUGGUCUUCGUGGUGGCCGUGCAGGCUGCUUAUCCUUCUGCCACACCCAACAGCGAAGCCUUCACAGGGCUUGAGCCCCUCACUGGAACGGGCUACUUCGCUCACACACUGAUGUAUUAUGGCUACUACAGUAAUUUCACACUGAAUGACCCUUGUGCAUUCAGCUCAAGCAGCACACGUUGCAAGCAGUACAGGCCUGUCUAUCUGCCAUACAACAUGCCACUGGCUUAUGUGUUGGUCACCGGAGUCUCCUUCUUUGUGACAUGCUUGCUGCUGGUGUACAGCAUGUCUCACUCCUUUGGGGAGAGCUACCGUGUGGGCAGUGCAUCAGGGGACUUGGCAGUUAAAGUCUUCUGUGCUUGGGACUACAAGGUGAUCCAGAAACGCUCUGCCCGGCUUCAGAGUGAAAACAUCUGCACUCAGCUGAAGGAGUGUCUAGCUGAGCAGCGGUCCAGGUCAUGUCCCUUAAACCUGUGUAAGAGACUGCAGAGGCUGGCAAUCCUGCUAAUGGCCUGGACUCUGUCUCUGGGCACUGCUUUGGGGUGUGUCAUUGGUGUUCAUUACUUCUUUGGAUACAUUCACGAGGUUCAUCAUGAGAAGCUCUCGAGAAGCAGCCGCAUUGGGAAAGAAGCCCUGCUCCUGGCCCUGCCUCUGCUGGUGUCUUUGAUUAACUUGCUCAUGCCCUACAUGUACAACCUCCUGGCUGCUUGGGAAAAGCAGGAAUCUCCCAUCCUAGAGGUGUAUGUCGCCAUUUGCAGGAACUUAAUUCUGAAAAUGGUUAUCUUAGGCUUGCUGUGUUACCACUGGCUGAGCUGGAAAGUGACAUCUUCAAAAAUUGAGUGCUGGGAGACCUUUGUGGGGCAGGAGCUCUACCGCUUGGUGGUGAUGGAUUUCAUUUUCAUCCUCUUGGACACCUUCUUUGGAGAGCUGAUGUGGAGGAUUAUUUUGGAGAAGAAGCUGCAGAGUAAACGGAGGCCUGAGUUUGACAUUGCGCGAAACGUACUGGAACUCAUUUACGGACAAACCUUGACCUGGCUGGGAGUCUUCUUUGCUCCGCUCCUCCCUGUUGUCCAAAUCCUCAAGUUGCUGCUCUUGUUCUAUAUUAAGAAGACCAGCUUGAUGAGAAAUUGCCAGUCUCCCAGUAAACCCUGGCGUGCAUCCCACAUGAGCACCAUUUUCAUCACCUUACUGUGCUUCCCUUCAUUCCUGGGCGCCUCCAUAUUCCUCUCUUACACCAUCUGGGCAGUUAGACCAUCAGAGAUAUGUGGACCCUUCCAAACCCAUGAAACCAUCUAUGAAUCUGGGAAGAUAUGGGUUCUAGAACUGGAGCAAUCCAACCCAAAUCUCACCUGGUUUACCUGGAUCCACCAGCACCUGAUCCAAAAUAGUUUCUUCCUGUUUCUAAUUGCUGGAAUUUUGCUAGCUGUGAUCUACCUCAAUAUUCAAGUGGUGAAAGGUCAGCGGAAAAUCAUAACCCUGCUGAAGGAGCAGAUUGCCAAUGAAGGCGAAGACAAGAUGUUUAUCAUUCAGAAGCUUCAUACUAUAUAUGGGAAAUGAGAAUGCAGCAAUUAAAGAAUGAGUCCAGGACCUCAUCACUGAAUGGUCAAAAUUAACCUUAGCCUGAAAUGUUUCCUGGGAGAUGAAGAAUAAAUAUUGGAUCCUCUAGGAAUGCCCUGAGGAAUAGCCCCGAAGCUGCUAAAAACUUCAGUCUCAUGUUGUUUGCCUUCAAGCUUCUCCCUGUUCAGAAGAUUUCACAGGAAUCUCAUCUACUUUCAGCCCAAGAACAUUCAUUCCUACAAUUUGCUGGCAGUUCCAGCAUCCACAGACAGAAAAAUGGAAAUAUUCCUUGAACUGGAUCAAAGAGUCCCUAAACUACUUGAAUAAUACAGAACCUAAGGAUUUUUAAAAGAGAAGGCCCAAACACUGAACUUUAAUAGUGUAAUCGGCCUUGCUCUUGGGCUUUCCAUAGUGGGUUUGCAAAGUCGUGGAUGUACAAUAUGAAGAUUAUAAGACGUUUGUUAGUAGGAUGCCAUUUUUACCAAGGACAUCUUGAUUUGAUGCUAUUAAAAACAAACUCUUUUGAAAAACUACCUA